UAAUCUUUUCAGGCUCUGUAUAAAAUGCUUGCCAUGGCAAUUCAGUAAGAAUUUACGUAUUGCAUUUUAGUUAUUCCAAUUAAGACUGCAAUUCCUAUGGUAAUGGGAGCCAAUAUUGGAACUUCAGUUACAAAUACCAUAGUUUCAUUGACCCAGUCCGGAGAUCGAGAGGAGUUCCGGAAGGCGUUUGGUGGAGCUACAGUACACGACAUGUUUAAUUGGUUGUCUGUAAUUAUCCUUCUACCAAUAGAAAUAGCGUUUCAUUAUUUAUAUUACCUGACAAGCGCCAUUGUUGGAAGUUUACAUUUAACAGAAUCUGGAAAGAAAAAAGACAUGUUGAAAAUUAUAACAAGACCGUUUACAGAGGUCAUUGUUAAGGUAAACAAACAUGUAAUCACAGACAUUGCAUUGAAUGAAAAUGGUGCAUCAGACCGUUCGGUGUUACAUCGUUGGUGCAAACAGAUUAAGCAGCCCUUCAAUACUACGGUAGACCAUCAUAGUAUUUACAAUUCAACAAUAGUUCGUCAGUUGAAAAGACAAGAUAUUAAUUAUACUUUAGAAGGCUUUAACACAAACAAUUCUUUUAUCGAUUGGAAAAGUGACGAGACACUAAUGAAGACAAUCAACGUAGAAAGAUGUGACAAUUUGUUUGCCAAAACAGACUUGUCUGAUUCCACUAUCGGAAUACUUCUUUUACUUAUUUCCCUUGGAUUAAUCGUGGUAUCUCUGAUCCUUAUGGUGAAACUGCUUAAUUCACUCCUGAAGGGCUCAGUUGCUAAAAUUGUCAAGAAGAUCAUCAACUCAGAUUUCCCUGGAGUGUUUAAACAUCUGACAGGAUAUGUUGCAAUAAUCGUUGGAACAGGAAUGACGAUUCUUGUCCAGAGUAGUUCUAUAUUCACAUCAACGUUAACGCCAUUAGUUGGAGUUGGAGUUGUAAGCCUUGACCGGAUGUUUCCUCUUACUCUUGGUUCAAACAUUGGAACUUGUAUUACAGGAAUACUUGCUGCGCUUGCAAGUCCAGCAAAGGCUUUACCGCACGCACUACAGAUUGCACUUUGUCAUUUAUUUUUUAAUUUCUCGGGAAUACUUUUAUUUUAUCCUAUACCAAUUACAAGAAAAGCGCCAAUUAACCUUGCGAAAAAGCUGGGAAAUAUCACUGCAAAAUAUCGUUGGUUCUCAGUCGUAUAUUUAAUAAUGAUGUUCUUAGCUCUUCCGGGCUUCAUUUUUGGACUAUCCUUAGCGGGAACGCUGCCAUUUGCUAUUAUUGGCUCAAUAAUAUUAUUUGUAUUACUGUGUAUUUCUAUAGUUAAUUGUUGUCAAUCGAAAUGCAACUACUGUUUGCCUUCAAUUUUGAAAAAUUGGAACUUUUUGCCGUUGUGCUGCCAUUCUUUCAAACCAUUAGACAACGUGAUAAGAAUAGUUUUUGGAGUAUGUAAAUGUUGUAAAAAUGAAACAGAAAAUACAGUUUCUAAUAUAGAAGAUGAUCCAACCUUUUCUGAUCACAAUUAUGACAACACAGCAUUUACAGUAUUAUAGAAUAACGAGGACUAAUAUAUUAUACUAUAUGAUGCUGUGAACUUAAAUCUGUUUAAGAAAUGGUUUACAUGUCAGACGUGAUGGAAAUUCGUUGAACACCAACAGUCAGUCGUCCGGUACGUUGUUCACUGGAUUUCGUGACUUCAGCAAUAAAAUUCAUGUACGCAGCUACAAAACUCAAUAUGAACUCGCUAGUUCUGAGUAGUAUCACUGCGUGAUGUUGAAAAUGGCGUAUACAUUUUAUUAUGCCAGUAUUUAAAAGUAACAUUCAUAUACCUUCAUAUAGGUGACAGCUAAUUUGACAGUGUCUUUAUUCAGGCAUAUAUAUAUUUGUAGGCGUAAUAAAUGUAAUGAUACCCAUG